UGGGCUAAUGCCCCGGCCCGCUCAAGGCGUCACCUUUCCCUGUAAAAUGGGCCUUCUGCUGCAUUUUGCAAAGGUUUCAGAAGCUUUACUAUGGCCAUUGCAGCAGCAACAAUGGCUCUGGCUAGACCAACCUCCACUGCUUUGCUUUCAACAACACACAGGGCCAGCUGGGUCUUCACUCCUUUUGCUCUUUCUUAUUCUUCUUCCUCUUCAAAACCCUCAAGAGCUCUCAUUCUCUACUCCAAACCCGGCUGCUGUUUGUGCGAUGGCCUCAAAGAAAAGCUUCAGGCUGCCUUCCUGCUCUCCGGCCCUGAUUCCAUUCACGACGUUCAUUUACAGAUAAGAGAUAUCACGAGCAAUCCAGAGUGGGAAAAUGCUUACCAGUAUGAGAUACCUGUUUUGGCUAGAGUGCUAUCUGAUGGCACUGAGGAAACUCUACCUAGAUUAUCUCCUCGUCUUGGAGUGGAAAUGGUUCAGAAGAGAAUAGCCGCAGCCUUGAAACAGUAGUGGUUCUGGUUUCCCUUGUAAUCAAAGUUGAGUAUUCUUCUCUUUAAUGUAGGUCAUGAAGUGUAAGAAAUUUUACUUUGGAAUAUUAGAUCAACCUUGUAGCCAAUUGAAUGGUCAGACAGAUUUUUCAAAUUUGUUUUCCCAAUGCAUUUUGUUUCCUUUCCA